AUGAUACCACGCGUAGAAGACACCCAACAAAAUUUUAAAGAACCAAAAGAAUCCAAUUUAAACUAUGAAUACGAAUAUUUGAAAAAUGUGAAAUGGUACCACCAACUACUCUUAAACCGACCACUGAAAGUAUUAUUUGCAAUUUUUUUAACGGCAGUAGUGGCUCCACUUUUAAUAUACCACUAUUGGUAUUUCCAAAGUAUAGACUCGCCGCCUUCUGAUGGGUAUUCAACAGGAUCGUGUCUAAUACGGAGAGCUUCACGACUUGCUUGCGGUAUUGGUACCAUGAACGAGUCUGAUUGUCAUCCACAAUGCUGCUAUGACGUCGAUAAUAAAUUCUGUUUCCACAGACUACCUUCUAGAUUUUGUUACAUCCUUGAUCAAGAAUGGACAGAAAACGUUACCCUACAACCAAGAGUUUCCACUGUGCCAUAUUUAUUCCAGAGGAGUACCGUUGCCUUGAAAUUAUCCAUCGACGAGCUGACGCCUACACAUCUUUCACUCAAUUUCUAUAACCCUCAACUUACAAUUCACACAGGUAAAAGAGUUGAAGUUAAAGAUUACGCGUAUGAAAUAACAUCACCGGAAAUGAAUGUCGUAGUAAAUUCAUCUCAUGGUAACAUUUUUAAUACAAUGAAAGGUCCUUUAAUCGCAUCGCAAAAUAUAUGGGAGAUAGUGUUCAAGAUAACUGAUGAAUAUAUGUUUGGUUUGGGUGAAAUCCCACUAAAACAAGGCACAGUAAAAAUAAUUUACAAUUAUGAUAGAGGUGUUAGUUCAGUACCACUCAUAUUUGCUAAAUCAAACAACUCGUACCACGGUUUACUAAUAGAGGCAAGUACACCAACCGAAGUGUCAAUUCUUGGCGAAUAUCAGAUCGUUGUAAGAAGUAUUACUAGUUUCGGUUUAAAAUUCCAUCUAUUUACUGGACCAAGGCCAAAGGAUGUAAUGAAAGAUGUGAUGCAUUACAUUGGUUCAUACAAACAUUUGGAUUAUUGGAUGCUAGGAGCUCAUAUUUGCAGUGAAAUAUCAGAAACCACAGAGGAAGCUUUUGCAGAGCUAAAUGAUUUUAUAAACAAAGCCUCGACACAAAAUCUUCCAUAUGAAAGUCACUGUGGCACAAUGCCUAUUGUUUUUAAAAGUGAUAGGUGUGACGCAACGGAAGAAGACUUCAUUAAUAAGGGAGUUCAGUUACUAAAAACGGCUAAGAAACGCUUUGUGCCUCACAUAUCUCCUUAUAUCCGACAUCACGAGUUAGUAGAAGCAGAGGAAGAAACGGAAAUGAAUGAAGAAAUUAAAAGCAACUGUACAUCAAAUCUUCUUAGUUAUGAGAAAUAUAUAUUUCGCGAUUCAAACACUUUGAAAAUGUAUAUGGGUUUAGUUGGACCACACAGUGUAUUAUAUCUUAACUAUGAAUCGAUAUCCGAAGAAUUGAUAAAACAAUUAUGGCCUUACAACACAGAUGUAGAUGGCUUAGUUCUUGAAAACAACUGGCCAUUAGAUGAAACUCUAAAACUUCACAAUGAAACAUCAUUAUACCUGCCCUACUUUAACGAGAAUUUUGAACAUGCCUUGGACCGUACGCCUCAAUGGAAUCUUACAUUACCUGAUGGUGGUAAAUAUCUUUACAAAAAUAGUCUGUACGGAAACACUUUUAUAAAUGCUGCACAAAAAAUGUUUAAUAAAGAAAUACCAAAAUGGUCAUCCAGCCAGUGGAUGAACGGUGAAGUUGUAAUAAACAGGCAAAAUAUUGACACUUCAUGGACACACCUACACAAAGAAUUAAUAACGAUGGCCCUAGGCGGCGUUUCGGGACACUGGCUAUGGUCCUCUCCAGUAUGUGGCGAUACUGAAAAUUUUGAAAUCGAUAGGCAUAGUCAAUUAUGCGUCAAAUGGUACAUGGCAGCAACAUUUUUCCCAAUACUGAAAAUCCACUCUAAGACUGUACCACGAGACCCAAUCCAAUUUGUUGGAACAUACAGAACGUACAUUGGCAAUGCCCUAAAUCAUAGACUAAGUCUUCUUCCAUACAUUUAUACCACUCUUCAAGAAGGACCAUUGUUACGUCCCAUGUUUUACCAGUACCCCACUACAGCGGAAAUACAAGAUCUGAAUACUCAAUUUAACGUUGGUGAAGAUUUAUUAAUUACUCCUAAUUUACAACCAAGUCAGACACAUGUACAUAUAUGGAUGCCGCCUGGAACUUGGUAUGAAUUGUGGAGUGGAUUAAAGUUAAAUGGAUCAGUUGGUGAGGCCGUAACUAUGAUUACGACGGAUGCUGAUUUUCUGACUAUAAUUCGCGGUGGUUCCAUAUUAAUUAUUCAAAAAGAAGUGAAAGAAACAGCGGAGGAAACGCGACUUCUUUCAAGGUUCUCUCUUAUCAUUGCGUUAGAAUGUAUGAACACAACUGAAUAUUUGACCGAUUGCGAAGCGGCAGGUCAUCUGUUUAUGUCUUCGAACAUGACAAUAGAUUUUCGUGCUACCACAGAACAACUUUACAUAACAACAAAAGGUGAAGGGUAUGAAACCUUCUGUGAUUCAAACAUUGCUGUGUGGGCGAAUAUAAUAAAAGAAGUAAUUAUUUAUGGACUAGAUGAAAAAUUAAAUAAUUACGAUAAUCAUAAACAAAUACAAACGUCCAUUGAUUUAUGUCAAUUAAGAGAUAAUAAUGAGAUACUGUUUGAAUUCGCUUAA